GUAACCCAUGCUAUACGUAACGGAGCAGACAACUGGCUGCAGGCAACAGAUUCAAGAUUUACUUUACGGUUAAUAUACUGGCUGUAUAGAGGCCAAUCAACAGUGUUUGUCGCUGUAUAGAGAAUAAUGACACCUCAUACUUGAAGUGCUAUGGCGGACAAGACUUAGGCUUAAGCUCGACUGGCUCAAAGAAAAUGAGGGCGAUACUACACACCAUUGGCGUUGACGUCAAACCUUGGUUAAGGAUUCGCAUGUAAGCACAUUUAAGUCAGUAUCUGAUAUCGAAACGAAACUCAUAGUUCAGCCGUAAGCUUAUACAUUUCAGUUAUGUUUUUGCUUGUUAGCACAUAUAAAUUAUCUAAGCAUCAAUUCCAUGCAUUGCAUUGAAUCUUUACACGAUGGUUCUCAAACAUCCAUCCUACCUAAAGAUGCACUCUUACUCCCAGAUAAGAUUUACUACAAUUCCGAAAAGGAUGAAUAAUUGUCGAAAACAAUGAUUCAGAUAAAGUAUACCGUGUUUAAUUUGAAAGAAAUUAGCAUAAUACACAGUAUUUCUACCAUGUGAGACUAUAGUAGAACACAGUAAAUAUUUUAGCAUUCGCAAAUCAUUUAAUAUUUGUGCGUUUUCAGCUAUUAAAUGCACGGUAAAAAUCUUGUUAUCUGAGUCAUUAAUAUUUUCCAUAAAUGCAUUAUUAAGUAAGUAGUUAAAGGUGUAUCAGUCAAAAUUUAAGUUUGUUAUACAUGUGUAUGUAUUCAUUUCGAGCAACAGAGUAUUACUUUAAAUUAUCAAAUAAGAUUUUUUUUUGCAAAUGAUGGCCAAUCAUUGCCAACGUUGGAGCUUAUCUGGGUAACGGCGGUUUUAUCGAUUUCUCCUCUCAGUGCAAUAGAAGUGUUAAGUGACGCUAUUUUAGGGCUUAUUUAUCUCUCGGACGCAUGGCAAGAGAAAGGCAGGUAGUUCCAGCGAUUCCUGCAACAUCAGACCGGGUGGAGUCAGAUUGACUUCACUUACGUGUCAGCACGCGUUUAGAACAAAAUGGCUUCGUACAAAGACAUCCUUAAGGAGAAAGAUAACCAAAACUGGCUCAAAGGAUCCCUCGCCCUCAGGAUCACCAAGGCUGGCCUAAGAGGCCUUGUUGAUGGGGAAUCCCGACGCUUUCAGCAAAAGAUCCACUCUUCAGUCCUCCAGGCUAGGCACCUCGCUGCUGGAACAAUAUGCAGCCUUUGUCUGACAGAACAUGUCUUGCCGUGUCCAACAAGAGGACUGUGCUCACAUCUGCGAAACUGCAAGUACCACAACACUCCAUUUAAGAUACAUCGACCUUGCCCCUCAAAGAUAUGUGAUGACUUUCGGGAUGAAAUAUGCGCUGUCCACAGAUAUAGCGGACCUUCAUGGAAGAAUACCAAAGCCAACCAAUGGUGUACGAACCAUUGGCAAGUAGCCAAAUGCUUUAUGCCACCUGACGGCUAUCACGAUGUGACGUCAUUCGACGAGACAGACUUCAAUGGUAUCAUUAGCGUUCUGAUCAACUGUACAGAGUUCCAACAGCGUAUGUCUUUCCCUAUUGGCAACCAACCCAACGCCUUAACUGAGGCACGUGUGAUAGGCCGCAAUAUUCGCCAUUCCCCGGAUCUGAAGUUGACAGACACAGACCUAGCUGACUACUUCGCCACUCUGAAUACGCUUCUGACAGACUCUACAUUUCUGGCCAGUGACAUGGAUGCCCAGCAAGCUGUUCUUAAACUGCAACAGCUUGAAAAAGGCACCCUUCCAAUAACGACUGAAGAAGUACGUGAACUACUAGAAGAAGCUAGAGCGACGGUAGAAGCUGGCGUAGAAUCGGGCAAACGUCAGUUAGCGGAGACUGCGGAAACAGGAAAGAAAGAUAUAGAAAGCGUUGUGUUGCAGGAGAAGCUACAAUUCGAAGAUGCAAUGAAAACAGGAAAACGCAAUCUAGAAGGCGUUGUGACGCAGGGGAAGCUUCAUUUAGAAGAUGCAAUGACAACUGCUAGGGUAGUCACAGAGAGAGGGAAACUCGAGAUUGAAGACGCAGUGGCAAAGAGUAGAGACACUGUUCAAGUUGGUAAACGGGAGUUGGAAGAGGCCUUGCAGAAGAUAAAAGCUGUUUCUACCCAGUCAGAGGCGGAACAAAGAGAAGAUCUACGUCAACGGCUAGUCAAGUAUUACCAGAAGCAGCUCAACAGCGCGCCCAUAUCGCCCCUGCUGUCGGACAAGGACGAGAGACUGGACAAGUUUUACGUUCCACCGAAGAUCGAGGAGAAAGACCACAGAAGACUUGGAGACGAUCAACAACAAAAUGGUUCUCCUAUUUCCUCUUACAAACAGAUUUUCUGUAAAGAAAAGGGUUUGGCCAACACCGUUUUCGUAGUUGGUGAGGCGGGUAUGGGGAAAUCCUCAUUUUCCGCUAUGUGCACCAUAAAGUGGGCAGCACAGUUCUCCGUGUCGUGUAGAGACGCUGGAGGAAGGGGUUUAGAUGAAGAUAGAGACGAGAAUACUUCUCUUAAACGGCCGCUAUUGAACAAAAAAGGUUUAAAUCAAAGAAUAGUGACGAACUGGUUUAUACAUAACUCUUUAGUAAUAAAAAAAUAUAAUGUUCGAAGAGAAUUUCAAGAAUUAUACGAUUCAUUGUCUGAUGAUGAUGGAUCGUUUGUAUACUCUCAUGAGGAGGAAUUUUGUGAAUUAUUGUCACAACCCAAGUAUGAUCUUUUUCAAGAUGAGGACACUCUUAGAGACAUCGAGUUUAUGUUUCACAUUAAAUUGCGGGACUGCUGUGAAUCCUGUGAACUGUCAGACAUGAUUCGAGAUCAGCUGAUCAACAUUAUUUAUCGUCCAGAUGAGAUGGCCGCUGGCUACGACACUAUGAUAAGUGUGUUGUCAAACCGAAAGUGCGUCGUCAUAGCAGAUGGGCUGGAUGAAUGGUCGCAUCCUACUGAAACAAAGUGUUCAUGUUCGUUAGAAGACAAAGUUAUCCCGCAUUUAUCGCAAACGUUAGAUGCAACUGUGUUGAUUACAUCGAGACCCUGGCGAUUGUCCCAAAACCGCGUUAAAGACACCAAAAUAGGCGCAUACCUAGAAAUAAAGGGAGUAGCUAGCACACCGCUAUUAGUUCAGAAAACGCUGGUUUGCCUUAAUGAAAAAGUAGCAGAAGAGAGAUUAUGUCUUGAUUUUAUCGGAUUUGUUGCCAGAAGAAGACUGGUGCGUCUACUCUCAGUUCCUAUCAUUGUAUUGUUGCUAGUUUGUCUGUGGUUCGAGGGAGUACAUGAAUCAUUUUCUUUUUGUGACAUAUACGCAUACAUGAUGGACAUGAUGUUUGGGAGAAAAUCGCUUCCUGUGCUUAGUGUUUCGCCCGAAUGCACACCGUUGCUAAAAUGUUUUAAGCAAACUAAACAUGUACAAAACUACUACAAUAUUGUAUUGAAGCUGGCACAGCUUGCGUUCGAGAAAUUGUUUUCGAGGGAUCGAAAGUCAUCCCUUGUGUUUCAAAAUGUUGACUGUUUGACACAAGAGGAGCUCCUGUUCGUUCUGAAAUCGGGUAUCAUGCGAGAAACGAAGUCGCAAUCUUUAAUUAGAAAAUCAUCGAGUUUCUCUUUUAUCCACAAAACUGUACAGGAAUUCCUUGCUGCAGUGCACAGUUAUCAUGCAGCAGUUCAUGAAGAUGUUCAGGAGUUUUUACCUAUCGUUUACCCAUUACAGAACAGUUCAAUGGCUGAUGUAUCGCAUGUGUUUUUGUUCAUGUGCGGUAUAAACAGAGAAGUUGCACAAUAUAUGUCUGCAAUGAUGUCAAAUGCUGUAAGUGCAAAAUGUGUCACAUCGAUGGGCGACGAUUGGGAUAAGACAGUACAACGCACACUUUGUGCUGGUUAUAGAGAGGCAUUGGCCAACAAUGUACAGAAUAUUCAACUGGAACUAAUGUGCCUUUAUAUUGAUUAUGAUACUAGAGAUUUGUCAACCUUAAAGACUUUGAUAUCGAUGAACAAGUCUCAGCUACGUCAUAUAACUAUCUGGGGACAUGUGGAUGAGUUCAGCGAGGAGGAGCUCCAGGCGUUGUUUAUCAGCUCAAAGAACACUCUCACCCAUGUGGAUAUACGUCACCGUGCUGGACAGUAUGACCUUUCUGCGUGCUGCCGUCUACAAUAUUUGACAAUAUUCGGGUCCGAUACAUCCAAUAUCACGAUUAAUACGAGUAGUUUAGUUGAGUUGAGGUUAUAUGAUAGUUCGGAAAAGGUUGAAAGUAGUAUUGUACAGUCAUUAGAACACAAAUGUGAGCAAUUAAUGAGGUUCACCAUUGGGCAUAUUAAGAACAUUAGCUUAUUUUGUAAGACACUUCCACAGCUGAAUCAUUUGAAACAAAUAAUGAUCAUUGAUACAACCCUCGGUGAUCACCCACUACCUCUCCCACCCUCUGUCACCUAUGUUACCCUGUACAAUGUGACAAUAUCCGCGCGGUGCUUGAGGGAGCUGGUAGAGAGGGUGGAGAAAUACUCUCACACUGUGAAUUGCCGUAUUGACAAGUGCACUGUGGAGCCGAUCAAGGAUUAUGAAGACAUCAAACGGAACACCCAAUCGAGUAAAAACAUUACGUUUUGUUGAUGCUGAAUUAUUUGUAUUUGGUAAUAGACAUUAAUUCUAAAGAAAUAGGAGAAUUGUUUAGUCAAGUGAGAUAACAGUUUCAUGCCGCAUCCACAAGUGAAAAUGUGAUCAUUGUAUAGUAUGCUUAACAUUUUGUGUUAGUUGGUAUUUUACGGCAUAUGUGCACUGAAGUCUUGAUGACUUCAAACCAUAACGGAAAUGACGUCAUUGACAAGCUUUGUGCGCCCGUUGGUUGGACUAACCCUGCAGUACGGUCAAAGGAAUCCAUUGUAUAAUACUGUGUAACGCUGUUAAACUAUGAAUAAUUUCAUAAAGAAUGAAAUAUUCAACCUGAUGAGCAAAGUAUUCAGUGUUUUACAUAAUGUCAACUAAAGACCGUUUUAAGGGUUUUUCUCCCUAUAAUUUAAAGACGCACAAUCUAGGUUGAUGCAAUUUAUUGUUAACUUAAAUGCAUUAAAGUGUUUAACUCAUUUGACUUAAAUGACCAAGACAGUUUAAAGCCUUUAUGAUUUAGAUACAGCUAACAUAUUAGCAACAUGUAGGCGUUUUCGUAUCUGGGAAUUUGUGGCCACGUAGCCAUUAUUUUUUGUAUUAAUAAUGGAUUUAUUUACUUUUUUUAGGGGGGGGGGGGGGGGGGUAAGAGAAGUCAUAUUUGAUUUACGUACAUUUCGAUAAGUUAACAUAACUAAAAGAUACUGGGACUGGUACUGUGUACAUUUAGGAUAUGUGUGGUAACAUUUAGAUAAAUUAUUGAAUAUUUCUAUAAUUUCUAAAGCAGUGAAAACAUCUUGUAGUUCUAAUAUGAAAAAAAAAUCUUUCUUAUUUUAUUAUAUAUAUAUAUGUGUGGUAACAUUUAGAUAAAUUAAUGAAUAUCACUAUUAUAUAAUCAAUUGAAAACAUUGAAAAUUUACUUCAGCUGCUUCUGUAAUAGGGGCCCAGUUGUAUUAACAUUCCUCUCAAUAUAGUACAGUUGAUUUAUUCAAACCAUUGUAUUCUUGCUGAUUGUUGUGUAUACACUAAUGUGAAUUUUGUUUGAAUAUAAUAUAAUUAUGCUCUAUUUUUAUAAUAAAUACCAUAACACUUGUUAUAAAUAGUA